AUGACUGAAAGUAAAAAUAAAAAUAUCGUCGUUUUAUGUGACGGAACUUGGAACGGGCAAAGUUCGCUUACAAAUAUUUUCAAACUGUCUAACGAAAUUAUUACAACUGAUGAUCAGAAGGUCGAGUAUGAUGUAGGAUUGGGAAUUGGAGAUAGACCAAUAGAAUUUCUGAUAAAUGGAGCUCUUGCAGUUGAUCUUGAUGAGAAAAUUAAAAAAGCAUACAGAUUCAUUGUCUCAAAUUAUCAACGUGGUGAUGAUAUUUGGCUUUUUGGAUUCAGUCGUGGUGCGUACACUGCAAGAUGUGUGGCUGGAAUGAUGAACACCUGUGGAAUUCUAAAAGAAAACGACGAGAAACUUAUUGACAUUGCUUAUCAAAAUUAUCGUAAACAUCCAAACGGACGAAAUUCAAUCGAAUUCAAAGAUAAAUUCAGCUACCAACUUGAAGCCGACGAAACACCCAUAAAGUUUCUUGGUCUGUAUGAUACUGUUGGGGCAUAUGGCAUUCCAAGAUAUGUUAUGACAAAAGGAAUAGAUUAUUACGAGUUGUUUGAUCAACACGUGUCUUAUAUAGUAAAAUAUGCAUUCCAGGCUUCCGCAACUCAUGACUGUUUCCCAUUCUUCGAACCAUGCCCAAUAAAAGAUAAUGGUAGAACUAUUUGUAAACAAACAUGGUUCCCAGGUGUUCACAUCGAGGUCGGUGGCGGAACUUCCUUUGGACUUAGUGGUGAUCAGAAAAUUCCAACCGCUUCACUCUUAUGGAUGAUAGAGAACAUUUUUGAAGUUGGAGGAUUAAAAAUGCGUCAUGAACUUGAAUAUUAUCGAACUGUUUAUGCACCUGAAUAUACCCAUUCAUGGAACACCCCUUCUUACAUUAUUGAACGAGGCAUACACCAUUUCUUAUACAGCAUUAAAUAUAUUCGGUUUAUUUCAUUUUUGUUUAUUAAAGAGCGAACAAUUCCGUUAGUGACAGAACCCGGUAACAAGUAUUCAUUGAAAAAAGAUCUUUUAUUCAGAGAUGGGGAUUGGAAUGGUAUUUUUAUCAAUCGAAAACAAUUAAGACAACAAUAUAUUUCACGUACAUACGAAAAAUUACAUCUUUCUCUGAAUCACCAAUUAAGUGUGUAG